GUUGUUUAUUACCUGUCCACGCCAGGUGUGCUAUUUGUGGCAACAUUGAUGGCCGCCGUGGAUUUCAAAAAAUCAAACACGGAAGAGUGUUUAUUUGUGAUGACCUCUGUCUGAUCGCUGAUGACCAGUAAUGGACGUCUGGUAAAAGGACACGUGACCGUGUAAAGGUGUAAUUGAGACAGGUGAGAGAUCGGUGACACACACACACGCGUGUAUGAGAGUUACUCCGGGACAAUACCCUUUAUGAAUGCGUCAUACCUUAAAUAUGAUUGUAAUUACUCACGAUUCCGGGUGUACACGGAAGUGACCAGUGUCCGGCACAGAUCAGGCAUCGUGCAUAUGUAAACAUUGGAUACAGGUGAAAAAUCCCGUCAGGACAUUAAUUGUAAGUGUAUCGAUACCAGUCUGGUAUGUAACUGGAGGAACCUAUCGGCGUGGAAAUAUAGAAUGCGAAAUGGCCUUAAAGGGGCUAUCGCACAUGGAUACAUAUAUGUUCUGAUAGCGAUAUGCCUGGCAGUUUUACCCCAGCCGGCCUCUACGUCGGUAACCUUAGUUGAUUAUGAGAAAAACGAUUGUACGAAAUCGUUUCAAGUAAACGACAUAAACGUAUACCAGGUACAGUCGUACCCCCGACAAGGCGUGAAUACCGGCCGGGACAGGUGUUACAACCAGUUUGUCGGCUUCAAUAACAAGAAACUCAAGAUCCAUGUCUACGAGGUUAAAAUCGGUAGCUGUGGUAUCUUCCUCAAUAUCUUCGAUGGGGACGAAAAAAUGCUCAAUGACCCAAGGUGGGUCCUAGGGUGUCGUGGUGCUGAGAAAACUGUGUACGAAUCUUACACCAGUGAGGUGAUUGUACGACUCGACAAACCAUCCUCCGACUCCAGCAGUUUGUACAGCUUCCGGAUCUAUAUCACUAACGAGGACGGACCCGCAGUUGACCUUUCUGAUCCUCCAAGCAUGUCUGACGGUGGAGCGUCCAGCGGCGUCCUUGUCGGAGUCGGCAUUGGCGUCGGCCUGGUCGUCGUUGUCAUCGUUAUCGUCGUUGCGAUCGUCUGCUGGAGAAUGAUGAAUAAGAAGGAGAAAUACGCCAACAAGAAUCCAGCUGUAUUCACAACUUCUGCUUCGAAUGAGCCGCCUGUCAAUGGAAUCUUAAAACGAACAGAGAGUAAGGGUCGUGGGAGCAAGCGUCGAAAUAACCGGCCUGCAUAUGGAGGUCAUGACAACAAAGCCUACAGAGGCUCUGUAGACGGUGACGACUACAGUAGUGUAAAUGGAGCUCCCAGUACGGAGUCCACACGAGGGGGUAUAGACUUACAAUAUGAAGAAGAAGUAGCUAGAAAAGAAGGUCGGCCUUAUUCCCACCGACAUGGGCGUCGACGAAACGACGAUUCGACGUCGGACGACACAGCAGACAGUGUGUUCCAUACUAAUAAGGCAUUUGUGGACGAUGAAAGAGGUGAUCGGAGUUUACGUGUGCGCCCUGAUAGACGUUACCGUGAUCACCGGGAUGAUAGUAGUGACUCCUAUGUGAGCAGCUCACGUGGCGCUGUGAGUUACAUAACAGACACAACAAUGCGAACUCGGACGGACUCGCCCUCUCGGAGCACGGACGACAGGGGCAGUCUGUCCUCGACCACGGACGGUACACAAGAUCGACAUUUCAUUAAAGGUGAUAACGCGCGAAGGAGUGGACGCAGCCGCAGUCACAGUAAAUCGUCUACACAAUCAGGUCAACGUCGUCGGCCACGUGUUUCUCACAGCACAGGCGACCAGAGUGAUGGUAGCAGUUCCCAUCGUUCAAGUCAACAACGCCCCAGCAGUGGGGGGUCACACCGACGGAGGUCACGGUCCAGGGAAAGGGAAAAGAAGCCUUCGCCAUACAUUGGAGUUUUUGAUGAUGCUAAGAAAAAGAAACGGAGGAAAUAAGCAUUGGAUUUCGUUCUAUAAAAAAUAUAUUUUACAAUUUGUUAUGAAUUUUAAAAUCUGGCAUUACUUUACAACAUUAUGUCGCAACAGCUAAAUCGUACCUGCUGUCAUUGUGAUAUAAAAACUGACAUGUGAAGAUGCUUUCUCUGGCCAUAUUUUAAACAGUACAACGAACAAGAAGACAAAUUCGUACAUGGCGGAUUAUUUUAUGUAAGUGCAGCGUGCUUUAUGUUCCUAACCUUUAGGUCAUGGCAUAUCUUUGUUAUUUCUUCUGUUCAUAAAGAGACUCCGAGUAAUUGGUAGAGGCUGUUAUUGAAACGGACGCAAAUCUUGUGUUAUAUCGUUUAGAAUACGUCAUCAGACGUGUGUGUCCUCUUCUGUUCCUGAUUCCGAGUGCCUAGGUGCGUCAUACCCUCACGUAAGAGGCGCGUACCUCCACUAAUUGAGAGAAAGGCCUGUUGUAUCCAUGACAGAUUCGUUCUUCAAAGUUACUCGGUGUUACACAAUGACUAUGAAUUGAUAUUCCAAUGUGUAUUGAUUCACUCAAUUAAUAUUCCAAUGUGUAUUGACUCACUUCAACCUCAAAGAUGUUUUGGCGACAGGUAUGUGUGAAAGCACCAAUACCGUAGUGAGUCGUUUUAGCAAUCUGCUGUUGUCGGCGAGUGUUGAUAAGGAUACCUGUUGGUAGAACUUCACACUGUGACGUCACAACUGCGGCAUUCAUUGUGCAAGCUAGAUGGGUCAUCAUGUGAACACUGAACAGUGUACAUGUCAUGUCAGCUGACGGAUGGAACACAACUGAACAGUUUCAUGUCAGCUGACGGACGGAACACAAACCUGAACAGUGUCAUGUCAGCUGACGGACGGAACACAAACCUGAACAGUGUCAUGUCAGCUGACGGACGGAACACAAACCUGAACAGUGUCAUGUCAGCUGACGAAUUGAACAAUGCAAAUCGUCAUAAUGUCAGCAGACGACGGAACACUAAACUGAACUGUGUCGUGUUAACAGGCGAAUUGAACGCUAAACUGAACAGUGAUAUGUCUGCAGACGAACGGAACAUUGGAUAUUGUCAUAAUGUCAGCAGAUGAACGGAACAUUGAAAAUGUUCAUAUUGUAACUAGACGAAUUGAACGCUGAUAAUGAACAUUGUCAAAAUGUCAGCUGACUAUUGGAACAUCGAGUGGUGUCAUGUGUAACUUUUACUCCAUUGGUAUUGGGAAGACAUGACAAACUAUGAAUAUUGUUAGGCCAUCAAAUGUAGAAUGUCAGAAAAUGUUAUGCAUGCUUUUACUGUAUCCAAUACGCAAUUUUGAUUAGUUUCAUAAAAAACUAACUUCCGCUUUUUGUUAGAGGCUAUUUACGAGGGAAAGAUAAUGGUGACAUUUUAAUUACUGACGCAUUAUGUUGAUGACGUCACACUUUCUGGCAAUGAGAUCGCGUGCUCGGGAUAUGACCAUGAGGUCACAUGUAAUUAAGUACGUAUCAUACCCGUAUUUGAUGGAAGAGAAUCACUUAAAAAACAUUAUCCGCUUUUUAACAUUUGAGAUUGGUAGCUAUAUGUCGCCGGGAAUAUUGUAAACACAUUCAGUAUUUUAAGUAGUGACUAUUUUAGGUAAAACAUAUUCGUUAUUGAAGGGAAUUUCUACUUCAUUUGUGGUUUUCUCUGGUUAUUUACUUAAAAAAUGAGAUAAGUAUUAUGUUCAGUUUAUACCCCAUAUCGGCUAUUUACGUUCUUUAUAUUACAUGUGAUUCUGGACAGAACCGACCUUUGUCUAUAUUUAUUCAGACUUAAACUAAGUGCUCGGCCAUGAUUUAGUUACUAAUACAACACAUAUAUAUAUAUUAUAUACAUUUAAAGGUGUGUAAAUAAAUAAUAGUAUUAUCGAUAUUUGUACAUAUAUAUACAGCUUUUAUAAUAUAUUUGAUUUACAACUAUAAUAUUAAUUAUGUAAAUCGACUUAAACUUCAAAGGCGAAAACUGUUGUAAUUGUUAAUGAUGUGUCCCAAAAAAAAGAGAGCUCUGUGAUGGUAAGUGGCGUGCAGUAUGACUGUUUUAUAAAUGUUAUUGGUCCUGUAAACACCUAUAAUUGUUUACACGUGAUAAACGUGUAUGACAGGAAUCACCAAGGUAGCUAUACAAAUUCUCUGGUUCUCAGGGAAAAAUAUGUCUUUAUACAACGGAACAGUUUUCUCAAAUAAUAGCUUACACCACAAAGUUAUACUCUUUCAUAUGAAAUAUCAAACUGAGUUUUAGAAAAAAUUUGUUUGUAGCUGAUUGUUUAUAUGAAGUACGGAUACCAUUUUGUGGUAAACCAUUUCAUAUUAUCUAACAUAUCAGAUGUAGAUGGCUCCAACUUAUUGUGAAAUAAGUAAAUUUCAUCGGUUACUAGUAAGUUAGGCAAAGCGGACAGCUCUGCAGACGUAACCCAACAAUAGGCGAGUCAUCUAGGAGCUAAAUCAGUAACUAAGUUAAUAAUAGAAGGAAUUAACCUUUACUAAAAAUAUACCUGUUACCUUAGUGUGGCGGAAACCACGGAAAUAUGGUACAUUAAUGUAUAUCGGAAAAUAUAUAAAUGUUUCUGUAGGAUUUUAAAGAAAACACAAUGUAUCCAUAAAUACUAGUCGAGAAAUUAGAUUUGUCAUUUAUGAACUAUAUACCAGAAAUUAGAAAUAUAUGAAAAACAAAGUUAUAUUUCUGUCACUGAUGAAUACGUGAUUUUUAUUUUUGAAUUGAUGAUUUCGCAAAAUCAAUGAUUCUAAGAGAUUUGCCAUAUGACCGCUAAAAAGGAUUAUUUCAUGAGUUUGUCUGAGUUAUUCAAGGAAAAUCAAAGUUAAUACUUAAAAUUACUGUGUAACUUGUAAAUAUAUACUACUUUAAGGUCGAAUCGCUUAUAUUCUACAACAUUUGUUCAUCUCCUGUCCGUGUUGUUUAAAAAUAUUGGCUUUGAUAACAAAAAUUUGGUAUUAAUUUUGAUGAAUCAUUGUCGCUUUGUUUCACUUAUGUAUUUGGUAUGUAUUAAAGUAACUUUUAGAAUUGUAUUCCAUAUAUCAUUUAGUCAUAAAAAUGCCAAAACCACAAUUCAGAAGCUAUCUGGACAAAUACACAUCCAGCACGUGUUGUGGGUACCAUUUGUCACAUCGCCAUAUGGUCAUGGUUAUACAGAAGGAAGGAGAUAGUAUGUUUCCAUCAUUGUUGUUUUAUACACAGUUUAUGUAUACAACAGAAUACAUGUAUUAAAUGCUAUUUUUUCUACUUUUUUAUAUGUACCUUUCAAAGUGCUUCGGAUAAUGUUCAACAACUAUAACCCAGUCACAAAAUGUUGGAUUAUAAGACGGAAGUGACGUAUCAAAUUUUUAUGAAAUACGGAAGUGACGUAUACUCGGUUGUGAUUUUGAAUGAGAGUGAUAUGAGUGUGUAUCUUUGCUACAGUAUACUAUUUCUAUAGACUCGUUCUUGGGAAAUAAACAUAUGCCAUACGACUCAAUAACCAA